AUGCCCAUGAACCCCCCCUGCCAGGCUCUCCCCCUCCCAUGUCCCCCCCGCCUGUCCCCUCCCGGCCGUGUCCCCCCGCUCUCCCCCCGUUCAGCACCGCGGACAGAUCUCGGCCCCGCUCCCAUCACGUGGCUCCCCCGCCCGUAUAAAGCGCGGGGCCGGAGCGCGCGUCCUGCGGGAGGCGCGGAGCCGGCGGAGCGCCCGAGAGCGGCUUCUGGCCCCGGAGUGGCUGCGAUGCGGGUCAGGAUGAUUUCAGCUGCCUCCGUCCUCGUCCUGCUCUUCCUGCCCUCGGAGACCUGCUCCCCGCUGCAGUGGCCCCGGGGUCCGUCCCGCAGGCUGACCCUGGCCCCCCAGCUCACCUGGGAGCCCUGGAUGGGAGCCCCGAGAGCUCCGGUCCCCGCCACCGAUGCCCUGCCCCAAAGACUGUGCCUGUUCCACGGGGCAGAGCUCGCCCCGGCCCCCCGAGCCCGGCGGGCGCUGCAAACCGGCAAGAGGCGAGACGGAAAACCCAACUCGCUGGAUCUCACCUUCCACCUCCUGCGCGAGUUCCUGGAAAUGUCCCGGGAGGAGAGACUGGCCCAGAAGGCGCUCAGCAAUAAGCUCUUGCUGCAGAGUAUAGGGAAAUGAGGGAGGGUCGCUGGAGGUGGGGGAAUGAAGGAGACCGACCCCGUAACAAGACACCACAGCGGAGCAGAG